GAUCCCGGCGUCCGGCAGCCGGCUCACGAGUCCGUCGGUCCGCGGCGUAGUCUGUCCGCACGCAGAAAGCCCAGCGUCCCGGCGCGCGGCGGCCGUGGGCCUGGAAGGGAAAGGGCGCGGAGGCGGGACCGCGGCUCCCUCCCACUCCGGGGGGAGCCCAGGGGGCGGAGGUACUGAAGCGCGAGCCUGAGAGAGAGGCAGAGCAGAGGAGAGGCGGUCGCGAGCACGAGUGGGGUGGGGCGUGCCCACUGGCCCCCGCCCCCCUCGUCCCCCCUCGCAGCUCGGGAGCUGUAGCCUGAGCCGGCGGGCCGGGCACACACGCCGCACCCCUCCCCCGUGCAUGCCUCAGCUACCCAGGCCUUCCUGGACACCGUGAAGCAGGGACCAGGGGUACAGGGACAGCCCCCUUCAGCAGGAGCCGUCGGGGGGGCGGACCCAAGACAAGGCAAACAGCCCCAUUGGAGCCAGGUGCAGGGCCUGGGACGCAGUUGGGAGCGCAGAGGACUGGCUGGGCGCCGCAGAGAGGAGCAGGCUGAGGCUGGGCCUCCUGGGUGACAGGCCCUGCGCCGCGCGGGGAAGGACGGAAGGCCAGCAGGCAAGAGAUUGGAUCUAGAGUGGGAGCAGCUGCCUCAGAUACCAAGGAAUUUAGAGCAACGUUUCCUCCAUCAUAAGAAAGACACUUGCUUUCCAGAGCGAGCACCCUUUAUCCGAGACAGCUCUGCAGGGAGGGGGCCGUGGAGCCUGGAACACCACCCCACACUCAUUUAACUGAGGCCUCUGGGGAGUUAGAAAGGAGGCCAGACAGCUCUUGCUGGCCCCCUGGGGAGAGAGGAAGUUCCCUGCCCGCUCCCAGGCCCAGAAGGAACUGGGCCAGUAAUAGUGGGGUCCUGGCCCCUGAGGCAGCAGCGGCCAUGUCACGGCCAGGCCAGGGGGUCAUGAUGCCAGUAAACGGGCUGGGCUUCCCACCUCAGAAUGUGGCCCGGGUGGUGGUGUGGGAGUGGCUGAAUGAGCACAGCCGCUGGCGACCUUACACGGCCACCGUGUGCCACCACAUUGAGAACGUGCUCAAGGAGGAUGCCCGCGGUUCCGUGGUCCUGGGGCAGGUGGAUGCCCAGCUGGUGCCCUACAUCAUCGACCUGCAGUCUAUGCACCAGUUUCGUCAAGACACAGGCACCAUGCGGCCCGUGCGGCGCAACUUCUACGACCCGUCGUCGGCGCCGGGCAAGGGCAUCGUGUGGGAGUGGGAGAACGACGGCGGCGCCUGGACGGCCUACGAUAUGGACAUCUGCAUCACCAUCCAGAAUGCCUACGAGAAGCAGCACCCGUGGCUCGACCUCUCGUCGCUCGGCUUCUGCUACCUCAUCUACUUCAACAGCAUGUCGCAGAUGAACCGCCAGACGCGCCGCCGCCGCCGCCUGCGCCGCCGCCUGGACCUCGCCUACCCGCUCACCGUCGGCUCCAUCCCCAAGUCGCAGUCGUGGCCCGUGGGGGCCAGCUCGGGCCAGCCCUGCUCCUGCCAGCAGUGCCUGCUGGUCAACAGCACGCGCGCCGCCUCCAACGCCAUCCUGGCCUCGCAGCGUCGCAAGGCGCCCCCAGCAGCCCCGCCGCCCCCUGGAGGGCCACCGGGCUCACUCGCCGUGCGCCCCAGCGCCACCUUCGCCGGCGCCGCGCUCUGGGCCACACCCGCCACCAGCCCCACCGAGCCCCCGCAGUCCUCCGGGGCGCCCCCGCGGAGCCCGAGUACCCCCAGCGGUGCGCCCACCCCGGGCCAGAACAACCUCAACCGGCCCGGGCCCCAGCGCGCCACCAGCGUGAGCACACGCACCUCCAUCCCGCCCGGGGUCCCCGCGCUCCCGGUGAAGAACUUGAAUGGUACCGGGCCGGUUCACCCUGCCCUGGCAGGUGAGGUCCAACCCAGGACCCGGAAGAAGGGCGGGGCCCACAAGGAGGUGUUGAGACUGCUCAUCAUCGCCUGGGAUCGAAGGCUCAUCUUCACCAUCGGCACAUCCAACACCACCGGCGAGUCGGACACGGUGGUGUGGAAUGAGAUCCACCACAAGACCGAGUUCGGAUCCAACCUCACGGGCCACGGCUACCCGGACGCUAGCUAUCUAGACAACGUGCUGGCCGAGCUCACAGCCCAGGGCGUAGCUAGACUGCUUAUCCUCAAAUCCAACCCCCUCCCCCAUAUCCUUGCAGGUAAGAACCCCGAGGAUGUGGUUCGAAGGUACAUGCAGAAGGUGAAGAGCCCACCCGAUGAGGACUGCACCAUUUGCAUGGAACGGUUGGUCACAGCAUCUGGCUACGAGGGCGUGCUUCGUCAGAAGGGUGUGCGGCCUGAGCUCGUCGGCCGCCUGGGCCGCUGCGGCCACAUGUACCACCUGCUGUGCCUCGUGGCCAUGUACUCCAAUGGCAACAAGGUGGGCUAGGU